AAAAGUGCUUUAUUAGAUCUAAUUAGCAAAACAAAGAGUCCCUUCCAAAUAUAUGUGACUACCAUCUCUAGCUAUAUAUACAUAUCUAGCUAGCAAAUUUAACCAAAGCAAAGUCCUCAGAAAGAAAAAAGAAAUAAAAAGAAAUCAAAUAAAAAUGUUGAAGCCCCAAUUAGUGCAUCAAUCAAAAACUGGCCAAACUCUUGUUCCGUUUCCAAAGCCAUUUGUUCAUGGAACUGGAUUACCAGUCUUCAUAAGGUCCUCCGAAAUAUGCCUUAAGAACAAGCAAAAAAAUGUUCAUCUCGCCGGCGGCGGCGUUUCCGGCAACGUAAAAGCCGUUUUACGCGGUUCCGAGAGCAAGAAGGCCAUCAAGGUUAAAGCUGUUGCGACGGUGAGCCCUACCGUUGGAGGGUUUUUGACAAAUCUUGGUUUGGAUAGAGGACUCGAUGAUAUCCAAGAUUUGCUCGGAAAAUCUCUCCUCGUUGAGCUUGUUAGUGCUGAGCUCGAUCCCAAAACUGGAUUAGAGAAAGAAACGAUUAAAGACUAUGCGCGUAGGCUUGGUAGGGACAACAAUGGAGGGGUGUUAUAUGAAGCAGAGUUUGAAGUUCCAAAAGAUUUUGGAAGAAUUGGUGGGAUUCUUGUGGAGAAUGAGCACCACAAAGAGAUGUUCCUCAAGGAUAUUGCCGUUGAUGGUUUCCCUACUGGACCCGUCAACGUUAGCUGCAACUCUUGGGUCCAUUCAAAGUUCGAUAAUCCGCAAAAGAGAGUCUUCUUCACAAAUGAGUCGUAUUUACCAUCGGAAACGCCAAGUGGACUGAAGAGGUUGAGAGAAGAGGAGCUAGUGAGUUUGAGAGGAAAUGGUGAAGGAGAGCGCAAGAAAUUUGAGAGAAUAUACGAUUAUGAUGUAUACAAUGAUCUUGGAGAUCCAGACAAAAAUGCAGAUCUCAAAAGACCUGUUCUUGGUGGAAAAGACCACCCUUAUCCUCGACGCUGUAGGACUGGACGUCGUCGCACCAAGACAGAUCCAUUGUCGGAGGCGAGAAGUGGGAGUGUGUAUGUUCCCAGGGACGAAGCAUUCUCUGAAGUAAAACAACUAACAUUUCAAGCAAAGACAGUGUACUCAGGCCUUCAUGCCUUGGUUCCUUCCCUUCAGACGGCGUUCGUUAACCGUAAACUCGGCUUCCCGUACUUCACGGCCAUCGACACGCUCUUCGAUCAGGGAUUGAAAAUGCCUUCGGAUGGCCCGGGAAUUCUCAAGAAUGUUCUCCCUCGAUUAAUCAAGGCUGCCUCCGACGCUGAUGAUAUUUUACAAUUUGAAGUUCCAGAAACAAUGCUGAGAGACAAAUUCUUUUGGUUUAGGGAUGAGGAAUUUGCCAGGCAGACUCUUGCAGGUCUCAACCCAUAUAGCAUUCAAUUAGUCACGGAAUGGCCACUAAAGAGUAAACUUGAUCCCGCGAUCUAUGGACCGCCGGAAUCAGCAAUUACCACAGAACUGAUUGAGCAAGAGAUCAGAGGUUUCGUAACUGUUGAAGAGGCCAUAAAACGAAAGAGGUUGUUCAUUUUAGAUUACCACGAUCUGUUACUACCAUAUGUAAACAAAGUAAGAGAGAUAGAAGGAACGACAUUGUACGGAUCAAGGACAAUCUUUUUCCUAACCCGUGACGGAACGUUGAGGCCGUUAGCCAUUGAGUUGACCCGACCACCAGUUGAUGGAAAGCCGCAAUGGAAGGAAGUCUUUACACCUUGUUGGGAUGCCACUGGUCUCUGGCUUUGGAGACUUGCAAAAGCUCAUGUCCUUUCCCAUGAUUCUGGUUUUCACCAACUCGUUAGUCAUUGGCUAAGAACGCAUUGUGCAACUGAACCCUAUAUAAUAGCAACAAAUAGGCAACUUAGUGCGAUGCACCCAAUCUAUAGAUUGCUACACCCGCAUUUUAGAUAUACAAUGGAGAUUAAUGCUCUUGCUCGUGAAGCACUAAUCAACGCCGGUGGCAUCAUUGAAUCCUCAUUCUCUCCUGCCAAAUACGCCAUGGAGCUUUGUUCAGAUGGCUAUGACAAGUUGUGGCGAUUUGACCGGGAAGCAUUACCAGCUGACCUCAUCUCCAGGGGAAUGGCCGUUGAGGACCCAAGCGCUCCACAUGGUGUAAGGCUAACAAUUGAAGACUACCCUUUUGCCGCCGACGGUCUCGUGCUCUGGGACAUCAUCAAAGAAUGGGUCACCAACUACGUCAACUACUACUACUCCGACGCAUCGAAAAUCGAGUCCGACGAGGAGCUCCAAGCAUGGUGGACGGAGAUCCGCACCGUCGGCCACGCCGACAAGAAGGACGAGUCCUGGUGGCCGGUUCUCAAAACCCCAAAAGACCUAAUAGAAAUCAUCACAACCAUAACGUGGGUGACGUCCGGCCACCACGCCGCCGUGAACUUCGGGCAGUACACUUACGCCGGCUACUUCCCCAACCGGCCGACGGUGGCGAGGCUCAAGAUGCCGACGGAGGACGCCGACGAGGUGUUCUGGAAGAAGUUCAUGGAGAAGCCGGAGUUCGCGCUUCUGCAGUGUUUCCCUUCGCAGAUUCAGGCGACGACGGUGAUGGCGGUGCUCGACAUUCUGUCGAAUCACUCGCCCGACGAGGAGUACCUCGGCGAGGAGUUGGAGCCGUCGUGGGAGGAGGAGCCCGCCAUAAAGGCGGCUUUCGAGAGAUUCAAUGGGAGGUUGAAGGAGCUUGAAGGGAUCAUUGAUGGUAGGAAGGCCGACAAGAGUUUGAAGAACCGGUGUGGGGCUGGGAUUGUGCCUUAUCAGCUUUUGAAGCCGUUUUCGGAGCCUGGUGUCACUGGCAAAGGAGUUCCAUACAGUAUCUCCAUUUAAGUAAAUAUAUAUGCUCUCUACUUUUUUCUGGGGAUAAAUAUUGAGAGUUUCUGAAAUUCCUAAUAUGUUCAUUAUGGUUUGAAUUGAGAAUGUAUUUGAGUUUGUGUUUGAGUGAGUCAAAACUUGAAUUU